AUUAUUUUUGCUGUUAUCGCUGGGACGUAAACAAAAGUUUCACAAAUAUUUUGAUAUUAUAUCAGGGGGCUUAAUUUAUGGAGGAUCCUAGGAUCAGAUCAAUUGGACAAAUGUUUAAGUAGUCAAGGAGCUAAUGCAGAACGGAAGAUCGGAAGACAUGGCGAGGAAAAGGACCAGGAAGCGGAGCAAGCAGCGCAGAAGAAGGAGAAGCAAUGGGAAGCCCAGAGCCCACAACACUCAAGAUCGGGAUCAGUGGACCAACGUAGCUCAAAUAUACCAAAGUCUGUUUGAAUGGCACCACAAUCAUGUUAUGAGGCUCUGCUCCAAGGAAGAUCUAGAUCCGGAUCAGGACCACGAGGAUAUUUCCGAGGAAACUGGAUCGUCGCCAUGUCGUGACUACGUCUAUGAAAGUUCGUCGGAGGAAGAGGAAAUCGAACCCGUUGACGAGGAGUAUCUCAAGUUCCUGGAGGUGACCAUCAAGCAUCAGCAGGAACUGAGGGACCGAAGAGCUGCCCAAACCACCGACUCCUUAGAUAAGGAUUAGAAUUACCUCUGUGUUCAGACGACCAUCAGUCGAACUUCUAUCUGCCUCUAGGAUCAGACAAAACCUCCUGGACAGAACUUUUGAGUGAAGGUACUUAGCGAUAGAGAAGUUUGACAUUUUUAUACUUGCUUAAUGGCAUUAUAUUGACUAAAAAUCGUAAGGUACCAUAAGUAAAACGUUUCAUUUAAUAUUUAACUUGUCAUGUUUGUAUUUAUGAGAGUAGCUUUUACCCUACAAGCUACGCAAUCCUUUAAAACCUUAUUAUACUUCUCUCUUUUAAAUUA